CAUCAGGACGCGCCUUCCCGGCGGCCCCUGUGCUUGGGGGCGUGUGCAGAUGGUGGCGUGAUGGGGCCUCUGGUGACCUCUGUGAUGCAGAAAUGUCUUCCCAGGUUGAAGCCAUUCAACAGGUUGCAAAUCAUAUUACGACACUUAAGUAUGGCUGAGACUAUGAAUUCUUCAGCUGAGGUUCUGUUGGAAAAAAGAGGGUGCGCUGCCAUUAUUACCUUGAACAGACCAAAGGCUCUGAAUGCAUUUAAUAUUUCCAUGAUUCGACAGAUCUAUCCCCAGUUAAAGAAGUGGGAACAGGAUCCUGAGACUUACUUAAUAGUAAUAAAGGGAGCUGGUGAAAAAGCAUUCUGUGCAGGGGGUGAUAUAAGAGCUAUCACUGAAGCAAAAAAAAGUGGAAGCAGAUUAACGAAGGACUUCUACAGAGAAGAAUACAUCUUGAACAAUGCCAUUGGUACCUUCCAGAAACCAUACGUGGCACUUAUCGAUGGAAUUACAAUGGGAGGUGGUGUGGGCUUGUCUGUCCAUGGGCAUUUCAGAGUUGCUACAGAGAGGACCGUUUUUGCAAUGCCAGAGACAGCAAUAGGUCUUUUCCCCGAUGUGGGCGGAGGCUAUUUCUUGCCAAGGCUUCCAGGGAAGCUGGGCUAUUUUCUUGCUUUUACAGGAUUUAGGCUGAAAGGAAGAGAUGUCCACACAGCAGGAAUUGCAACUCACUUUGUAGAAGCAGAGAAGAUGGUUGCUCUUGAAAAAGAUUUGACAGAAUUAAUAUCCCCCUCAAAAGCAAAUGUUGCAGAUAUUUUGGAUUCAUAUCAUAAGAAGUGCAAACUUGAUCAAGAAAAAGAAUUUGUCCUUGGUGAACACAUGGACAAAAUUAACAGUCUGUUUUCAGCAAACAGCAUGGAAGAAAUUAUCCAAAACCUGAAGAAAGAUGGAUCUCCUUUUGCACUUAACCAAUUAAAGACAAUCACUAAAAUGUCCCCAACAUCUUUAAAGAUAACCUUUCGGCAGCUUAAAGAGGGAGUUUCUUUGAACCUGCAAGAUGUACUCACAAUGGAAUAUAGAUUGAGCCAAGCGUGCAUGCGAGGCCAUGACUUCUUCGAAGGUGUCCGAGCAGUACUUAUUGACAGAGACCAAUCCCCUAAAUGGAAGCCAGCUGUUCUUGAAGAAAUAACAGAUGAAUUUUUGGACUCGUGCUUUAAAUCUCUUGGAAGUGAUGACCUCAAGUUAUAACAGUGUUUUACUAAUGUUAAAAUCAAAGCCUGUUUUAUGUAAUAGAAUAAAAUGCAUGGUGAAUUUAAUCCAAUAAAUUAUUUCAUCAUGUAAAGAAAAAA